UUAUAUGGUUUUUCGAGACGGUCCAUGAUGGACUCGAGUGUGUGUGCGUGUGCGCGCGCGUGCGCUGAUGUUGCUGAGUUGAGCGCGUGCAGUGGGCGGUCCGCGCGUGAGAGAAAACCCCCGUGCGCGCUCCGUCCCGAUCCUCACACUGCUCGCAGACCUCCAUCUAUCAGCUCAAACCUACCCACCCUCAGUCCACCCUCAGGAGCGUUUGAUGCGCGAUCGGAGGCGAUGCUGGAGUCCGGCGGCGGCGCGGUGCUGAAGGAAGGCGCGCUGGAGAAGCGCAGUGAUGGUCUGCUGCAGCUGUGGAAGAAGAAGCGCUGCGUGCUGACCGAGGAAGGACUGGUGCUUCACCCACCCAAACACCACCACCACCACCACGACACCGGCUGCAAGGCGAAGGAGCUGCACUUCGCCAACAUGAAGACGGUGGACUGCGUGGAGCGCAAGGGCAAGUACGUGUACUUCACGGUGGUGAUGUCCGAGGGCCGAGAGAUCGACUUCAGGUGCCCGCAAGACGAGGGCUGGAACGCGGAGAUCACGCUGCAGAUGGUCCAGUACAAGAACCGGCAGGCGAUCCUAGCCGUCAAGUCCAGCCGACAGAAGCAGCAGCAGCUGCUCGUGGUCUCCGCGCAGAAGAUGCUCCGAAACGCGCAGUAGGACGCCGGAGAGCCGCGAUAUAGAUAGACGUCACCGCGCGUAAAAAGCGCUGGAUGCGCAUCACGGACGUCGCUUUAUAGUGUCACCUUCCGCGCACGGACGCUCUUUGUGCAUUGAAAGACAUCACGGCUGAAGAAGCACCGGGGAUAUCUCCUCUCAGACACGGGGGCCGGGGCAAGUUGUCACAGUGACGUUCUGAAUUCUGCCCUCCAAAUGAGAGAUUUUGGGGUAAUAGGGCUUUGGUAAACUGUGAAACCACAAUGGGAUUUGUGACCCUGGAGCACAAAACCAGUCAUGAGUUGUAGUAAUAGCUACACUGUAUGGGUUAAAAUGAACGAUUUUUCUUUUAUGCUAAAAUCAUUAGUAUAUUACGUAAAGAUUGUGUUCCAUUAAGAUAUAUUUGUAAAUUCCCAACCCUAAGUAGGCUAUAUCAUAACAUAUUUUUUGAUUAGCAAUAUGCAUUUCUGAGAACUUAAUUUGGACGACUUUAAAUGCAAUUUUAUUAGUGUUAACAUUGUAUUUAAUUUUUGUGCACCCUAAGAUUCCAGAUAUUCAAACACUUGUAUCUAGGGAAAAAGUCAUAUCCCAGCAAUAUGAAUUUAUUUAAUUUUUUUCAUUGUGAUAACAUGUCCCAAUUUAUGCAUUCAAUGAACUGUAUUUUCUAAACUGAAUGGUGUACAUGUUCAUAUGAUUUCAUAUGAAGUCUGUGUUCAUCGACUGAUUGAUAAAACACUGGAGUACAAAGCUGUGACAGCUCGCCCCGGUCUCCCUCACAGGUUCAUGGGUUGUGAAUGUGAAAUGCCUUCAGUGCGCCUUCAUUCAUCAUUCGCUCGGACAGAACUGCCACCAUAACUUUCCAUUUCAGUGCAGUUGCAUUUCUCAGUUUUGUGCCUCUCCAGACAUGCAAUCGAUAUCUUCCGGGAGACCUGAAAGGCCAAUCCGUUCCGGUCCAGAUCACAGUCUGCAUGCGCGUGAGCAGGGAUUUUAAAGAGACUCCGUGACACACUGGAAAACUGCAGACUCUCCUGAAACCCAGUGAUCCUGACAGAUCCACCAAAAAGCAUCCCAUUAUGUAUUUAUUUGUACAUUUCUUUUUUUUUGUAACUGGUCAUUUGCAUAUCUGAAUGUUGGGUUAUGUUUUUUUUUAAAGGACACUUAAUGCAUUUCAGAACUCAGAAUAAGCUUUUGAUUUUCAUUUGUUGUUGUUUGUGUAACUGGUUUGGAUGGACGAUUCACAUUUGACCAACUUGUGGCUGUUCAAAAAUUGGGUGCAUCAUCAUAUUGACAUGACGUAACAUGUAUUCUGUUAAGGUUCAGUCGUUGCAAUCGUUGAUCCAUAUGUGAUGCAAUGAAAACGAGAUUUGGGAAGAAUGCUGGAAAAGUCCACUGUGUUAAUUGUGGUCUCUAUUCCCGAAUGAGCAUGGGGAUCUGAUCAAUGUUGUGUUGCAUAAAUCUUUGCGGAGUCAAAUGCAUGGCGACGGAUGUCGAAUCUCGAUGCUCUUCUGCCGAGUCCUGCGUGUGAUCGAGCUGAAGUUUGCAUUUGUGAAAAUGGUGUUAUGUUGAUGGAAUGCCAUCGUUCCCUGAGCUGAUGCGAAUGCCACUUUCAUACCUUCGAAAUAUACAUUCCAUUUCAAAUGAA